ACUGGAAUGAUGCGGCCACGGCCGCGGAAUCUUCCAUGGCAUCAUGGGUUUCAAUGGCACAUGGCGUUGCGGGCGCCUACUUAUCCGGUCACGAGAACAAGCAACAAUAGGAUGGGGUGCAGGGUGCAGGUGAUUAUCGCAGCCUUUCGUCAAUAGCUCCCCUUGCAUAACACGCUCCAAAUUCCAGGCUUCCACAGCUUAAGCUUCCCCCGGACUAACGUGUCGUGGGUGGGACGAAAGUACAAAGCUUGAGCUCCCCCACCAGCACUCCCUUCCCCCGGGGCACCUUCAUGGUUGACGCGAAUUAAGCUCAGUAUGGCUGCCAGUAGUUCCACGUUGCCUGAGGGCAUCUUCUCACUUCUAGAUACCGAUCUCUACAAGUUGACUAUGCAAUGUUGUGUUCUGAAAUUCUUCCCAGAUGUCUUGGUCACAUAUAGCUUCACCAAUCGAACACCAGACAAGAAACUCAGCCGUGCGGCCUUCAAGUGGCUUCAGGCUCAGGUAGACAAGCUUGAAAACAUCUCCCUCUCUGCCGAUGAGCUCCAAUUCCUUCAGACGACUUGCACCUACCUGAACGACUCAUACCUGCGAUUUCUCUCCGCCUUCCGCUUUCAGCCCUCGAAGCAGUUGAAACUGGUCUUCAAUCCGAUAGAAAAUUCUGGCCAAGACAGUGACCGCGGCGACUUCGCAAUACACACCGAGGGCUUGUGGGUGGACACCAUUCUGUACGAGAUACCGCUGCUUGCCCUGGUCAGCGAGGCCUACUUCAAGUUCUGCGACACUGAUUGGAGCCAUGCGGGACAGUUGGACAAGGCGUACCAGAAGGGCUUAAAGCUGCUCGAGGAAGGCUGCAUUUUCUCUGAAUUUGGCACUAGGAGACGCCGUGACUACCAUACCCAAGACCUCGUGCUCCAAGGCCUGCGUCGGGCACAGGACGAGGCAGCCAGGAAUGGAUGGAUGGGCCAGCUCACAGGUACAAGCAAUGUUCACUUCGCUAUGAAUCAUGGUAUUCUGCCAAUAGGCACAGUGGCGCAUGAGUGGUUCAUGGGGGUUGCUGCUAUCACAGACAACUACGAAAACUCGAGUGAGGUUGCAUUGCAGUAUUGGACAACAACGUUUGGAGAGGGUGUACUCGGGAUCGCUCUUACGGAUACGUUUGGAACACCAGCAUUUCUCCAGGCUUUCAAGAAACCGAUCUCUGCACUGGCAACCGCAGUCCCUAGUCCCAUGGCCACUCUGCCGUCAACGGACGGCACAACACUUCCCGACGUACAUUCAGUAGCGUCAACAAAGCCGCUGACGCAGGCCCCCGUUGAUGGACAGUCUCCCGCACAAACACCACGGAAAACGUACGCCCAGGUCUUUACAGGCGUGCGCCAAGAUUCCGGGGACCCUCUAGACUUUGUCAAGAUGAUGCGCGAGUUCUACGAUCAAGAGGGCAUCAAGGAGAAGAAGACAAUCGUGUUCUCAGAUUCUCUGAAUAUCGAACUAUGUUUGAAGUACAAGGCUGCGGCUGAGGCCCAAGGCUUCCAGCCCAGCUUUGGUGUGGGAACGUUCUUGACGAACGAUUUUGACCAAGAAUCGACUGGGAAAAAGUCGAUUCCACUCAAUAUAGUGAUUAAGAUCGCUUCCGCCUCAGGCCGUCACGCCGUCAAGAUCAGCGACAACAUCGGCAAGAACACGGGCGACAAGGCGACGGUGGAGGAGGUCAAGCACCGAUUGGGCUACACGGAAAAAUCGUGGGCUGGAGGCGACGAGAGCACUCGGUGGGGUAGCACAAAUCAGCCAGCCGCAUCUUCGGCAGCUGUGAAGUCAUGAAAGGGUGCUGUGAGUGCAUCUCGAAUUCUGGAAUCAGGAUGGACUUGCUGGACCGGUGUGGUGGGCAGUCACGGGAGAUGCAGGAGAGGCGUUCACGAGCUGAGAUGGAUGGGCUGAGCUUACUGGGGGACAUGUGUAGAAUAUUGACGCCCCGCUGCGGCGGUGCAUUAAUGGCCGUUCUAUCGAAUGCGAAUUAUAUGUGGCGCAGUUUCGCCGCAAUGCAUCCGCCGAGGCAUAAUGAUGGAUAAUGAUAAUGAUGGG